AUGCUCGACUGCCUCAAAGAGAGCAUAGGAGCCAUUCAGCAGCCAUGCCGUUCGACUUGCUUCCAAGCCGUAGGCAAGUCACCCGACUUAGCCAUUCCAUUCAGCCGUCGCGGCAAGCAGUCGUCCAGUCGGGACACGGGCGUGGCGCGCCUCAUACUGCCGGCCGCGUGUCUCGCGCUCGUCGUCACAGCGUUCAUCUGGGCCUCGCCGCACAGUCGACGCGCCCUGCGCACCCACACAGGACAAGGCACGCCGCCCAUCCCCGCGCUUUCUCCGCCCUUCUGCCACCCAUCUCCCUUCACUUGCAAUCCCCAUGUGAUCAUGCUCGCGUGCUCGUCCAUUUCGCGCCGCUCGUUCGUGCGCAUCUCGUCAUCGCCUACCGUUUUCACCCCUCUGCUCGUCGCCUACCGUCUGCCAGUCUUCGUUGCCCGCCCCGCGCCUUUGGCCAUCUCGCUGCCUUUCUCCUCCAAAUCACUUCUGAACCCGCUUGCUCACCGUGCACCGUUCGCUUCUCUCCUUCCGCCCCUCGCUUUGUUUUCUCUCCUUUUCAAUCCUGCCCCGCUGCCAUCCUCAGCAAACGGCGCGGCGGACGCGUUAGUAGUGGGGGUGGGCGUGGGCGAGCCCAUCGAGAUUCGCUACGAGAAUCGUGAAAUCAUGGAGCUGCCGGCGGCCGGCACGGACGCGGCGGUCGCCGCCUUUCAGUCGGAACUCGAGGAGUCGGCGGCAAUGGCGGCGAGCGAAGAGCAAGGGCCGGCGAGCGGGACCGGGGAGAGUGAGGGCGGCGGAAACAGUUUUUUGGAGGCAGUGGAGGCGAUGAAGGGGGAAGGGGAAGGGGCGGAGGGCGGGGCGGGGCGGAGUGAGGGGGAAAGUGGCGUAGAACAAGGGGCAGAGGGGGUGAAGGCGGUGUUGGCGGAAGCGGUGGGGGAAGCGGAAAGCGGAGCCAGCAGCGGCGGUGCUGCGGGGGCUGGCGAAUCGAGCGCGUCUCAGCAGCAGGAUGGGUCGGCGGGUGGGUCGGCGGGCGGGGUGGAUGGCACGUUCCCGCCCGGCGCCAGCUCUUCCGCCUCCCCCUCCGCCCCGUCCUCCGCCACCGCUUCCUCCUCGCCCUCUUCCCCCUCGUCCUCCCCAUCCCGCGCGGAUCUGGUGGAGCGCCUGCGCAACCUGACGGCGGUGCUGGAGAGCAUCCGCCCGCUGGCGGAGGAGCGGGGGAACGCGCAGCUGGUGAAGCACAUGCGCGCGGCGGCGGAGAAGAGCCGCGCGGUGACGGCGCGGUGGGAGGAAAGCGGCGCGUGGGGCGGCGACGACAAGGUGACGGGGCUGGUGAAGCUGCUGGAGGCGGUGGCGGCGCGCGCCAAGGAGUGGCGCGGCAACGCCGCGACGAUCGAGAAGCUGCGCGGCGAGGUGGAGCGCGGCAAGGCCAAGGUGGCGGCGCUCACGGCGGAGCGCAACCAGCUCGACCUGGCGGCGGCCAAGGCGCUGCCCAAGUCGCUGCACUGCUUUAACCUCCGCCUCACCGUCGAGUACGGCAGCAACAAGGACUUGCGCGCGGCGUCGCGGCGGCGGGAGCGCAAGCAGCGCGCGCUGUUCACGGACCCCGCGCUGAUGCACUACGCGCUCUUCUCCGACAACGUGCUCGCCGUCGCCACCGUGCUGCGCUCGCUGGAAGCCAACUCUGAGAACCCCGACAGGCACGUGGUGCACGUGGUGACGGACAGCAUGAACCUGCCGGCCAUGCAGGCGUGGUUCGCGCUGCACCCCCCCGCGCACGUGGCGGUGGAGAUCACGAGCGUGGAGUCGCUGGCGUUCCUCAACGCGUCCUACUGCCCCGUGCUAAGGCAGCUGCAGGCCAAGGCGCUGAAGAAGUUCUACUUCAGCCAGCACGACGACUCGAACCAGACGAGCAGCGACCUAUCACGGCCACAGGGGUCCGCAGAGGCUGAUGCUGCAGGGGGGGCGGCGGGGGCGGGGCAGAAGCAGCUGAAGUUCAAGAACCCCAAGUACCUCUCCGUCCUCAACCACCUCCGCUUCUACCUCCCCGAGAUGUACCCAGCGUUGGACCGCGUGGUGUUUCUGGACGACGACGUGGUGGUGCAGCGCGACCUCUCGCCGCUCUUCACCCUGCCACUGCACGGCGCUGUCAACGGCGCCGUGUACACGUGCCGGGAGGGCGACGCCUUCCACCGCCUGCACAAGUACCUCAACUUCUCCCACCCCUUCAUUCGAGAUCACUUUGACCCCAACGGCUGUGGGUGGGCGUACGGCAUGAACGUGUUUGACCUCGCUCAGUGGCGCCGCAAGGGCCUCACAGACGUCUACCACAAGUACCAGUCCAUGAACGCGGAGAGGCAGCUGUGGCAGCUGGGCACGCUGCCGCCGGGGCUGAUGACGUUCUACAACCUCACAGCCGCGCUGGACCCGCACUGGCACGUGCUGGGGCUGGGCUACGACAAGGCCACGCCCACCAACCUCAUCGAGCAGGCCGCCGUGCUGCACUACAAUGGCAAUGCGAAGCCAUGGCUGGACACGGCGAUCAAGGAGUUCAAGGGGCUUUGGAGCCGGUACGUGCUGGCGGAUGAUGACAUGGUGCAGCAGUGCAACAUCGACCUCCUCUAG